GUUUUUUUUUGCAAUAAUUUCGAAGUUUGGUUUUUUAUUUGUGCUGUAUAAGUUUAAAGCUUACAAUAAUUGGUGUCCCAUUGCAGGAGCACAAUGAGCACAACUGAUGAUGGUAUCAACUCGGACAGCCAAUGUAGUCCCCAGCCACACGUUGCAGAGCGCCGACGCGGCUCCAAGGAAGUGGCCUUAGCUGGCUGGAAUGGCAACUUUCCCAAUCUGUUGUCGACGCACAGUCUGGAAAGUAACUCGGAUGUCGAACAAACGCAAUUACCGUUAGAUUUAAAGUCCAUUUGUGCAACAGGCCUGAGCGUUUUUCCACGCGAGACACCCAAGCAGCCACAAUCGCCAGGAUCGGAGCCUGCUGUUAAUGCAAAUGAAAUGAGUCUAAGCGGAAAACCCAACGACAAACAGAACAACGAAAACAGUAGCUCAGCUUCAGCUCGGGCGCAAGCAGUGUCAAUGGCAGCAAAUGAUUUUGACGCUUCGUUUAAGUUGAACGACAUCAUGGCCAUGGAGGAUGCCUCAAAUGCUUCCACGAACUCCAACAGCGGCCGCUUGUCAGCGCGUUUGUCACGCAAACGCAGCUUAACUUCACCUUCACCCAGUGAGCCCGAGUGGUUGCCGCAUUUUAAGCGUAACAGACGUUUGAAUCAAACAGGUUCAGGUCGCUUGUUGCAACGCUCCCAGUCGCUAUACAUACCGCUAGAGGAAGAGCCAACGCGUCGCAUAACACGCUCACAGAGUUUAAUUCUUGCUGCAGCUCGGCAAGUCGCAGACGAGCGUUCCAGAAGCGCUAGCCUUUGCUUACCGCCCAUGACGGCGCCAAUGGCCUGGCCGCCUGUCAAGGCGACGCCCAAUCGCAGUCGCAGUCGUUCCGUUGCGGCUGUAAAGUUGCCGGCAACCGAUGAGUUCUAUUGCCUGCCCUUUAAGUACGGCUGGAAGCGUGAGCUCGUGAUGCGCAGUAGCGCAACGUCAAACCGUCAACGCUGUGAUGUCAUCUUCACAUCGCCUGGGGGCAAAAAGUUGCGUUCACGCGAGGACAUUAUACCGCUGCUCGAGGGAGAUCUGUGCAUUGAUAAUUUCUGCUUUCAACGCCAGCUCCAACAAGUUGGCGAAAAAUUUGAGACGCUGCGUCAGGCGCAACCCGCCACUAUGCGUCGCAAGUCGCAGGCAGCCAACAAGCAGCUAGCAGCACCAACACCUGCGUUAACACCUGCGCCAGCACCAGCGCCAAUGCCAACACCAGCGCCAAUACAAACUACUUCAACUGGACCUGGACCUGCUGAGCUGUCUAGGCCGCUCAGUGCUACGCCUGCUACGUCCGCUACGCCCGUUGGCACAAGUUCGCCCUCGCCUGGCUUAGUAUCGGGAAAGCGUGUACCCAAGCCCAAGGUACCCAAGGGCGCCAGUCCACCGCCUGAAGGCUGGACCCCCACCAUGGCAGUUAAGGGCAAUGCACGCGUGCUGGCCGCCAGCAAUGGCAACGCCAGCAGCUCCAGCUCCACUGGCGGCAACAGCACACGCAAGCGCAAAUCAUCUAAGACACCGACAGCAUCGCCUGGCGUCGUCGCCGCCGGACGCAGUGCAGCAGGCACAGAGAAGCCUAUCAUUUGUGUGAAAUGCCAGCAGCUCAAGGACAAACAGCAAGCCUACCAGGUGGGCAGUGGCACUGCCAACAAUUAUAUCUGCAAACGCUGUGUAAAGCCGCCGAAUAACAAACUGCCGACUAAGAUGGCACCGCUAACCAAUGGCAACAGCGUUAAGAAGCCGGUUGAGCAGCAGCAGCAGCAGCAGCCCAUCAAGCCAAAAAAUGCCAAUGCAAAGCGAAAGAGUGAGGAGCUGCAGAAUGGAGAUGUUGGCGGUCAUCUGAUAGAAAUUGGUGGCCAAAUUGAGCUGCCCGGUGCAUUGCCUCCCGAUCAAUUACUAAGCGAAGACUCUGCCGCUGCCGCUGCCGCCGCCGCAGCUGCAUUGGGUGCUGUGGGUACUAAGCGUGCUGCUCCUCGCAAACUUAUUACGCCCAGGCCUCAGGAAGUAGUUGUCAUCAAUGGCCGCAAAGCGCUGUCCGUUGCCAUUGAUCCGCCGCGUCCACGUUAUCAAGUCAUACCACGUGCAGCGGCUCUGGAACUCAUGGAGAAACACUGUGCCAAUGCGACUGCCAAUUGCAAGCGCCACAACGAAAAGGAUCGACUGCAAGGCUUGGUGGACACGCUGGCUGCGGGACAUUUGAGCUGCCAGCUUAUAACGGCAGUAAUGAAAACACUUGACCUGCAUGAUCGUGUGCGCAUGUCGAGAGUGUGUGAAACUUGGGCCAUGAUUGGACGCGAGCGCAGCGUGUGGCGCACAUUGCGCUUGCGCAAUACACGCAUCACCAAUUGGAUAUUUUGUUUGCGCGAUAUGUCGCGCUAUCGCACACGCGAGCUGGACAUGAUGGGUGUGCACAUGGACAAUCCCAAGCAGCGGCUGGAGGGCGAUUUGCGUGUGCUUAAAUCAUUGCGCAUCCUGCGCACGGACGCCACAGAGGCGGACUUUAUACAGCUGGUGAUUAAGCGCUUGCAGCGUCUGCUGGAACUGCGCACCACGUGCACCAGUCGCUCGCUAAGUCUUGCGCACCUGGAUAAGCUGCAGGAGCUGCAAGUGCUGCGCAUUCGCAUGAUGGAUCCAAAGGCCAAUUUGUUGUCGCUGCAGCCGCUGCAAAAGCUGCAGCAUUUGCGUGAGCUGAGCCUGCGCGGCAUAAGCAACAUGAUGCAGUGGGACUGGGUGCAUUUGGAGUCAUUGCCGCAGCUGGAGACAUUGGUGCUGGGCUCCUGUCGUGGCAUGAAUACCAGCACAUUUGGCGAACAAGUGCUGCCCAGUCUGAAGCGUUUGCGUAACUUGCGUCUGGAGAAUCAUCAUACGGUACGCUCGUUUAGCAUUACCGAUAUCAUGCACGGCUUGGCCACCAGCCAGACUGUGCAGCGCCUGGAGCUGAUCAAUGUGAAUGUGGAUGCCGAAUUUAGUCGCCAGCUAGGCGCCUGCAAAUCUGUGCACGAGCUCUUGCUUAUGCCCAAUUAUCACAAUAACACCGCCUACAUGAUGCACUACAUCAUGCAGGCCAUCAAUGAGAACAGCGAACAGUUGCAGCUGCGCGUCUUCCGCCUGGGCCUCACCCUGCAGCUGCUGAGCGUAACGCGCGCCCUAGUCGUCAGCCUGGACAGAGAUUGUGUGCCAGUUGCGCUGCCCAUACCUGGUGUGCCCGAGAAUGACAUACUUAAUGAUUCGGAGGAACAGAUUGCCUACCUGCCCGUCGACAGACUCGAGUCCAUACUGCACCACAUGAUGCCGCAGGCCUGGCUAACGGUCGCCAAGGUGUCACAAAGCGAAACGACAAAUCUAAAAUUCCUGACUGCUGCCACAGCAGCUGGCGUCAAUGAGAAUGUUGCAGCCGCAGCUGGACAAGGCAGCAAUGCGCCGAAGUCAGCUUCGGUUUAAUUUUAUCUAUAUAUAAAAUAUAUAUUUAGUAACUCUAACCUAUAAAGGCGCAUCAGGGAAUUUGUGGGCGUGCCUGUUGCGCCCAGCUGUUCUUUGAGAGAAUAGAGACUGAGUCUUCAUCAUCAUCAUUACCAUCACAAACAGAAACACAAACAUACACAGACGACACACAUACACACACACACACACACACAAGUAUUGGGAGUAAUAGCUGUAAAAAGUUGUAUUUAAAACACUUGUGCAGACAUAAUAUAUUAAGCGUAUAUUAAUUAUUGUUCUUUUACAAAA